CGACAGCUGGUCUCAUCACAACAUCAGCAGGGCGUUUCAGGAAACGCACACAGCAGCAGCCCCUCUUAUCUUGGAAUUGGUCCUCCCUGAAUGGGACAGCAGUUCCUUUCCAAACAGAUGACAUGAAAUGUUGAUGUGGGAAAAAUGAACAAACCCAAAAUGGCCACAGAGAAAGGUGUUCCCAGUAACUCCAGGGUACUGAUGCUCUUGGGCCAACUGGAGAGGAUGAAUGGAGAGCCCAUGGUGAGGGAUGUUGAAAUGGCAAGACAGAUCACUGCAAAGAUACUUCAUCUCAUACAGACACAGGAGAAGACCGGAAAAGAGGUGAUGUCCAAAGGUUCCAGUGGAAUGGAGGUCAUCCUGGCUUCAUUGGAGAACAACCGGGAUGUCCAGACCACUCUGAAUAUUUUGUAUAUUCUCAGUGAGCUGCUGACUGUGGGUCGAGGUCGCAGGGUGGGAGUAUUUGUGUCUAAAGGAGGAACAGGGAUAUUAUUCCAGAUUCUGAUCACUGCCAGUAAAGAGUUGCCUCCCAGUGAGGAACUCAUGCUGCAGCUUCACUCACUGCUGGCCAAGGUUGGCCCAAAAGACAGAAAGUUUGGAGUGAAGGCGCGUUUGAGCGGAGCGCUGAACGUCGCAGUAAACUUAAUGAAACAGAACCUACAGAACACCAAACUGCUUCUGCCCUGCCUGCAGGUGCUCAGGGUUUACUCUACCAACUCGGUGAAUGCUAUUUCUUUGGGCAAGAACGGAGUGGUGGAACUCAUGUUUAAGAUCGUCUCGCCGUACAGCAAGAAGAACACCAGCCUGCACAAGGUAGCUCUGGACGCACUGGGAGCACUGCUUAAAUCCAAAACAAAUGCUCGACGUGCUGUGGAUGGUGGACAUGUGCCUGUCUUGCUCUCUGUGUACCUGGACUGGCAUCGCAAUGACACACGGCAUCGCCACAUGCUGAUACGCAAAGGGCUGCUGGUCUGCCUCAGGAACAUUACCAACAUCAAGCUCGGCAGAAAAGCAUUCGUCGAGGCUGAUGGCAUGAGGAUCCUCUACAACUCAUCCACUGAGUGUCUCCCGGUGCGGACUCUGGAUCCUCUGAUCAACACUUCGAGUAUUAUCAUGAGGAAGUGUUUUCCUAAGAACCGUUUGCCUCUACCCACCAUCAAAUCGGCCUUCCUCUACCAGCUGCCACAUGUACCUGCUGUAGGUCCUGUGGCACAGCUGUACAGCCAGCCACCUGGAGUGGAUGACGUGUUGGAUGAAAGUGACGAUAACGAGGAGACAGACGUAGACACGGAGAACGAUACUGAGAAUGAAGAAGACGAGAAGGACCGGCGCUCUGCGAAUGAUGACAUAGAGACGGACCUAAACAAGCUACAUCCCAAAAAGAAACCUGGGCGUCCUUUUGAGGAGUUGAGAGUCUAUGAGAGGUUCUUCUUGGAGCUUUCAGAAGACUUCCAGGGUUAUAACUUUGAAUGCUCAAAGAGUGUCUCUACCACAUCUUCAUCAUCAUCCUUCUCCUCAUCAUCAACCUCAGCUCAGUCCACUCGGCCAAUCAUAGUUCCCACAGCUCAAUCCCUGUCCCCAAAGCACGCUCACAUACCGAGCUCUCGGGAGGAUUGCAACCUUACCAAAGGAAAACAUACCCUGCCGUCGCCUUCUGUACCCACUCCUCCGGCUCCCCUAACUCCUCUAGAACUGGACACCAUCCAUCUCACCAAGGACCAAGACAAAAAACAGGAGGCCCACAUUCCUUCCCCUGAUGCACAUGCAACAUUGUCCUCCCUCUCCAGGCCUCCUUCUCAAGGGCAGAUGAUAGAACAGGAACUAGCACAUGUGUUGGAGUGUGUCUGUAUGGAAGAGGAGGGUGUUCAGAAUGCAGAAGGAGGAAGGGGAGUCAAACAAGAAGGAUCCCCUGUCAAUGCCACAAGACACAUACACUCUCCUCUGCUCUUGGGGGGUAUCGCUCCCCGUCGUGUGGGAGGAGGAGGAGGAGGAGGAGGCGGCAGCAACUGGGGUUCAGAUUGUGGCUCAGAGGGUGCUGAGGAUGAUGGAGGGGAAGGAGCGGUUCUGGAGGUGCCAAACACGGCGCUGCUCCUCCCGCUGCAUGACCCCGACCUUUACGUCGAGAUGGUGAAGGGAACACACUCUGUACCCCGGUACGCUGAAGUGGCUUACCCAGACUACUUUGGCCAUGUAGCCCCAACAUUUAGGGAACCCCUUGUGGAGAGAGUUUACGGUGUGCAGAGGUCUAAGAUAUUCCAGGACAUUGAGAGGUUGAUUCAUCCUAAUGAUAUUCUGGAUAAAGUAGUUUACGACCUGGACAUUCCCAAUUGUCCUGUGAUUGAAGACAGUGGCGAAUCACUGAAGUUCAACUCUCAGUUUGAGUCUGGCAACCUCAGGAAGGCAGUUCAAGUUAGGAAAUAUGAGUAUGACCUUGUGCUGAAUUCAGACAUCAACAGUAAUCACUACCACCAGUGGUUUUACUUUGAGGUGAGCGGCAUGCGCGUCGGAGCUACCUACCGUUUCAACAUCAUCAACUGUGAGAAGUCAAACAGCCAGUUCAACUACGGCAUGCAGGUGCUGAUGUACUCCGUGCAGGAGGCGAUCAGUGGCAGGCCUCGCUGGGUCAGAACAGGAACAGACAUCUGUUACUACAAGAAUCAUUUUGCCAGGAGUUCCAUUGCAGCUGGUGGUCAGAAAGGAAAGUCUUACUAUACAAUGACCUUCAGCACAAGCUUCAGCCACAAGGAUGAUGUCUGCUACUUUGCCUAUCAUUACCCUUAUACAUACUCCACUCUUAAGAUGCACCUGUCCAAACUGGAGGCUUUGAGGACCCCUCAGAUAUACCUGAGACAGGACAUCCUGUGUGAAACCCUGGGGGGAAACAGCUGCCCCCUUCUCACCAUCACUGCCAUGCCGGAGUCCAACUCCAAUGAUCACAUCUGUCAAUUUAGGAACCGUCCAUUGAUCUUCCUGUCGGCCAGAGUGCACCCUGGAGAGACCAACGCCAGCUGGGUAAUGAAGGGCACGCUGGAGUUCCUGAUGGGCACCAGUGCACUCGCAGCCAGCCUGAGAGAAGCCUACAUCUUCAAGAUAGUCCCCAUGCUCAACCCUGAUGGAGUUGUAAAUGGAAAUCAUCGUUGUUCUCUGAGUGGAGAGGAUUUGAAUCGCCAGUGGCAGUACCCCAAUGCUGAGCUCCAUCCCACCAUCUACCACACUAAGAGCCUGCUGCAGUACCUUGCACACAUACAAAGGGCACCACUGGUCUUUUGCGACUACCAUGGUCAUUCCAGAAAGAAGAAUGUGUUCAUGUACGGAUGCAGUGUGAAGGAGACAGUCUGGCAGUCCAGUAUCAGUGCUACAUCCAGUGACUUACAGGAAGACCUUGGAUACAGGGCACUUCCGAAGAUCCUCUCCCAGAUCGCCCCAGUCUUCAGCAUGGCGAGUUGUAGUUUUGUUGUGGAGCGCUCCAAAGAGUCAACCGCCCGCGUUGUUGUAUGGCGAGAGAUAGGAGUACAACGCAGCUACACCAUGGAGAGCACGCUCUGUGGUUGUGACCAGGGCAAGUAUAAGGGUCUUCAGAUCGGCACCAGAGAGCUGGAGGAGAUGGGAGCUCAGUUCUGUGUGGCCCUGCUGAGGCUGAAGAGGCUGACGGGGCUCCGCAACCACCAACACCUGCUGGAUUUGGAGAGCGAUAUCAUUGGGACACAGUCUAAAGUGGUCAGCAGCCCCACUACCUAUGUGAUGGAGGAGGACGAGCCGUCCUUUCUGGAGGCGAUAGACUACAGCGCAGAGAGCAACGAUGAGGACGGCGAGCCAGAAAAUGAGCACACCGGCGAAGUUCAUGAGAUUCCCGAUCACCUCGAUCAGCUGUCAGACUCUGAGACAAAUCACCGGGACUAACGCUGAGGUGUUCACCUCCUCUGUACCUGGCAGUUAGAGCUUAUAACCAGCCAGCGCUUGGGUUGUUAGCUGAUGUAAAAUGAAAGAUUUCGCUGGUAAAAUAGUCCAAACCCACACUUCUCACUUUGACUGGUGAAUAAAUAGCUUAGAUUUACACCUGAUCCUAUUAUAUAGAUACUUAUGAUGGUACGUAGGAUAAGUUGGCACUGCUCAGGUGCUCUUUUCCCAACUGUGUUGCUCCAGAAGGUGCGUACUUCUCCUGCCUUUCAUGUCAGACAGCCUGAUUAAAGCCCUCACUAAGCAUCGGGAUUUCAGUGAAUGUUCUCACCUUUCACCGACAUACUAUAACCUUCAUGAACUGUAUCCCCUGACCUCAGACACCAUAUAGCCUGAGAUUCACAUAUUGCUAGCCAGAGCAGCAAACAGCAGGCACCGCUGAUCCUUAACUUGAACCCUCGUCCACUCGCUCAUUUCUCACAGCCGAUCUUAUACGGAAGCUACCUGACAAGGUUGUGGUAAGUGUAAUGCAGCCUGUGGCUUCUCUAGGUACUGUAGUUUUUUGAAACCCCUUUCUCACCUGUGGCUCUGUGUUUGAUUAAAACACUCCUGGUGAUGGAGGAAACUGGGUCUCCCCCCACUGACCUGCUUAAAGAUCCAACCAACCUGCCUUCUUAUUUUCCUUUGCCCUUCCUUUCUUUAGUCUCACACUGCACUUUAACGUUUUACUCCUUUUGUUGGUUUGGGCAUUCCUAGUGUCCCUUCUCCCUUCCUUUUUUUCUGACAAGCCAAGGUGUCUAAAUGGGAUGCAGGGAUGAAGAAACAGCUCUGUGUCAUAGCUUAGCUGCAGGUUAACACCACUCAUCCUGAGCAUUGAACUAUGACCUCACUUCCUCUCCUCUGUAACCCCUCUUCUCUUCGGCUGCAGUGCACGAGGUCGGAUCAUUCACGUGCUGUUUGCCUCGCUUUAUCCAAACCUGAAGCUAUUUAUAUCACUCAAACGUAGAAUGUUCACGUCUUUACCGAGACAAACCUUGUAGAUAGAGUCACACACCACAAACUCAGCAGUAAACAUGAAGCUGUAAUGUAAAAUAUCCAUAUCCACUGUUGGUGUUUUCAUUGUUUUUAAAUAAUAGACAGUAUUAAAAUGUUAGAUAAAGCAGUAAUGAACAAGACGCAUGAGCUGCAGAGAGCAGAAAACCCCUUUUGCACUUUGGAUAUAUACACUAUACGCGCAAAACAAAGAAACAAACUGAGAGUGAAACAUCACUUCACAACAUGUCACAUUUUGCAAAUCUCAACUUCAGCCACCUCAUUAGUUUAGUUCAGCCCAAAGCUGAUGGUAACGUUGCUGUGAUGUUUUAAAGAAUUAUACUGGAAUUUCCUUUCCUCCAAUCUGUGUACAUUUUGUGGAUUUGCUUAGGAGAGACCCAUGCAUUAAAACCAGAUGGUGCUUUGUUUUGAGAGUAUAAAGUAGUUUGAUGGAGUAUUUCUUUAUUUGUUUAUGGAGAUGAGGUUCUCUUGCAGCUAGUGCAUGGCUAUUUUCCUCUUGUUUUUAUUUUGUAAUUUAAUAAUUUAAGUCUUGUAUGUAUAUUAGGCAUUUUGAGUGUGUGAGUGCAAAUGUGUGUGUGUGUGUGUGCGCAGGAGUUUAAGUUCUUCCAUUAUUCAGCUCAGUUAAUACUUUUAUAGUGUGUUUCUUCUUUCAAUUUGAUUAUCCCCUCUCUCUCUCCUUCACUCCACCCCAUUUUCUCUUUCCUUCCCUCAAACCUCUUUCACUCCCUUUUUCUGUCUGUCUUCCUCAUGGCUCUACUUUCUUUCAAAUCAUAUUCAUGGACAUCUUAUAAACCCAGGGAAGUCCGUGUUCUCGGUGCGUGUGUGUGUGUAACGAAUAUAUGAUGUGAAAUAAUAUCGGUACCCUCUGAGAAUUGUGUGUGCUGUUAUGUCUGUUUGUCCGUAGCAGUUUUUGUCGACAGAGUGCUGCGCUACUUUUGUUUUCUGUUUUGUACCUUUUUUGUUUUGUUUUUUUGGAGGUAAAUAAGCAGAGAUAGCAACUCAUUUUAAGUUGAUUGUAAUGCAGAAAACUGAAGCUAAGAGUGAAGCUGGGAAAUAAAAUGUAAAUGUGGUAAAUUGUCUGCUUUGUUAUUUUUCUUGCCUGCACAUUGGAGUUCAGAACAGUAUGUGCUUUGUGAGGUUGCAUUUAUUUUGUUUUAAGUCUGAACUGAAUGACCAUUAAAUUCACUUUAACAUU